CAAUGUAAGGCCUACACGUGGAUUGCCUCAUAAAGAUUAGCUUUGAUAGUGAGCCUUUAAUUACACGUGAUGAGUAAUUCAAAAUAGUAACGGACCAAAUAUGAAUGCGUAAAGUAAGACACGAGUUCGAUUCACUGUUUGAAAGGCCUGUAAACCGGCUUAUAUUACUUAUUGGAAAACUAAUUAUGACCUGUGAUGGCCCUUUUUAGACUGUAACACGUGUGACUUGGAAUAUUGUUGUGGAAACUGAUUCCGUGACGCCGCCAACACUAUGCAUAGGUACAUUAAACACUGUUUGAUAAUCGGCCUUUGGUUAUUUUUACUCGCUUUUUGUUUAAAGUUUAUCCAUAUACAUGAAAUCGAGGAUGGGCGACUUUAUUUUAUCUGCAGCAUUCUGCAGUUUCUGAUUUUGUUUCCGAUAGUUUUAAAUGUGACAGGUCUGUUCGGAUUGCUCUUCAUCAACUGUUACCCAGAUAAACCGGUACUGAAAAGGUCCUCAAAAUACUUACCUUUUGAGACCUUCAUGUGUUUCCGUGUUGUAACUCGUGGACUCUAUCCGCAACUCGUUAAAACAAGUUUGCAGCGGAAUAUAGACAUAUGUAUGAAAUUAGGACUGUCGAAUUAUGUAUUUGAAGUAGUCACCGAUGAAUUCAUUGGAAUAAAAGAAAGUCUAAACGUGCGGGAAGUGGUUGUACCGGAGAAUUAUCAAACCAAACAUGGAUCUCGAUAUAAAGCACGUGCUUUACAAUAUUGUUUAGAAGAAGGAGUAAAUAUAUUGAGUGAUAAUGAUUGGAUAAUACAUUUAGAUGAAGAAACGUUAAUGACUGAAAGCAGUUUAAUUGGUGUGAUUAAUUUUAUAAAUGAUGGUCAAUACGAAUUUGGUCAAGGUGUCAUUACCUACGCUAACGAGGAAAUUGUUUGUUGGAUAACGACAUUGGCCGAUUGUAUACGAGUUGGUAUUGAUUAUGGACUGAUAAGAUUUAGUUUAGGACAAUUACACCGUCCAAUUUUCAAUUGGAAGGGGUCAUUCAUUGUCGCCAAUGCCGGGGCAGAAAAAAGCGUCUCUUUUGAUUUUGGACUUGAAGGCAGCAUUACCGAAGAUUGUUAUUUCGGAAUGAAAGCCUGGGAAAUGGGAUACAGAUUUAACUUUAUCGAAGGCGAGAUGUGGGAGAAGAGUACUUUUUCAGUCAUGGAUUAUAUACGACAGCGAAGGCGGUGGUUUCUGGGAAUCUCAAAGGUGUUUUUAAGUAAUAAUAUAAAACUACCCUACAGGACAGGAUUAUUUUUUCUUCUAACAAGUCAGUUAUCAGUGCCCUUUCUCACAGCGAGUGCCUUAAUUGGUAUACCUAAGAACUCACAAUUGCGCAUCGUAUUUGUUGUUCAAACCGCAAUCUUCAUGUUCAUUUUCAUAGUUGGUGUGAUGAAAUCCUUUCAACAUCACCGAUGUAAAUGGUGGCUACCUCUCUUCGCCUUUUUCAUAGCGUUCCCAAUGAGCGUAGUGUUAUCGGUGCUUGAAACUUCGGGUACAUAUUGGGCUGUUACCAGAUGGUCUCAAGUCGGCUUUCAUAUAGUCAACAAAAAUAUCUCACCAGUAAACAAUCGUGAAAUUAGAAUUAUAUAAUUUGAUUAAAAUACAGAUCUUAUUUCGUUUCGUUUUUUAGUUCAAAAUUUUGUUUCACUUGUCUUUACUACACUAGGAUCUGGAAGAGUUGUUGUCAUUGACGUGUUCUGAAUGAUGUGAGCUAUUAGCCAAUGAAACGGUCUGUUACGGCGAGCUUUAGGCGUGUUUUGCACGGAACUGUGGGUAAUCCACUAGUAACAUCAAUGCUGAUUGGUUAAUCAAAUGUCUGACGUCAUAGGUCAAUAUCCGCUCGUAUGACCUCUGACGCGACGUAUCGCUACAACCGGUCAGAUCUUCAUGUAGUGUAGGCCAUCGAAAGUUUUUUUUUAAAAAAAAAACGAAACGAAAUGUAGAUCUGUAUUUGAAUCAGAUUGAGUGCCGACUGAAGUCUAGGGACUCGAGAUCUAGGGGGCCUUCGACCAAGAUCUAUAAAAUUUCUGACAUUGCCAUAAGCCUUCCCGUCUUCAUUAGCCCAAUCAGUACUGAACAAUAAGACGUUAAACCCCCUUUUCAUUUCAUUCCAUGACCUUUUAUUACACGCACUGUAGUCUUAAACACCCGCCACUAUAGAUGGUCUACUCUUACUUGGAAUUCCAACUAUCACAGCUUCUUUUCCGUACAUGCCAAGGUGUACACGAUCCCACAGGGUUCCUUGACAAAGGGAAACCUUACUCGGAUAGCUGGUUCGAUCCCAGUGUUGGCCGGUAAAGUUCUUCGGGAGUUUUUGGUGUUGUAUCCCCUUGACAGUGGUGCAUGAUGGGGCGUCUGACAAGGAGAGCUAUCUAGUCGUUCGGAUGGGACAAAUAACCGAGGUUCCGUGUACACAUUGGCGGGCACGUAAAAGAUCCCUUGACCCUUAGAUUUUGAUAUAACAGUCGGAGCUGAACAAAAGGGCGUUAAACCUCAUCUCAUUUUAUUUAUAUAAUUAUUUAGGUAGUUAGAUGUGCUUUUUUCAUUAUUAGAGACUAGUUUCUAGUUUUUAUAUCAUAUUAUGUUAAUUUAUGUUCCAUAAACAUCUAGUUAUGUUAAUCUAUGAUCCAUAAACAUCUAUGAUCCAUAAACAUCUGUGUUCCAUAAAUCUUUUGUUAUAACAUUAAAUAAAUAAAUAAAUUUUAUUCGUACACUAAGUACAAUAAAAAUGAAAAAUAAAUACAUAUAAAUAUAUACAAGUUCUCAAUUAAUACAGAGUUGAUUAAUUAUUUCAUUUAAGUUUAUAUAUUCAGAUAGUGAACAAUCUCUUAAAUCUACGUAUUCUCUUAUAGCAUUUCCUAUUCUCUUAUCAUUUUGCUUCCAGGAACUUUUAUCGUGACAUUCUAUUUUAUUUACAAUAUUUAACAAUGACUUACUUGUAUGAUAAGUAAUUGAUAUUAUUGCACAUAGUAGACUGACUUCCCAACCACGCAGUACGUCAACAUAUAUGAAUACAUAAGUUACUACUAUGUAUUAUACUAUGAUAAAACUUAAUAAAACGUUUAUGGAACUGGGUUUCAAUUGAAACAUCCUGACAUAUAAUAUUCAAUAAACUAUUAUGGGUUCUUGGGGAAAUGUUGAAUACUUUCCUAACCCGUUUUCUCCAGGCUACAUAAAAACUCUCUAAUGACUUUUGUGAGAAAUCCCAUAGUUGGCUCCCAUACAGGGGCAUACAAUAAGUUUUAAAUAAUUUAUAUUGAAUAGUUUACUUUGUCUGCACCUUCUCAGAAAAUGAUCG